AUGGCAGAGUCGUUUCCUACGCUGACACAAUGCGCGCUGGUGGCCGCCGCAUUCAAGGUGCUCCUGUUCCCGGCCUACAAGUCGACCGACUUCGAGGUUCACCGCAACUGGCUGGCCAUCACCAACAGCCUUCCUCUGUCCGAAUGGUACUACGAACAGACUUCGGAAUGGACUCUCGACUACCCGCCCUUCUUCGCCUACUUUGAGUGGCUGCUCGCCCACGUCGCUCGCCUGGUAGAUCCGGCCAUGGUGCGGGUAUACAAUCUUGGAUACGAUAGCUGGGAGACGGUCUACUUCCAGAGGUUCUCCGUCGUCAUCACGGAGCUUCUCUUGGUCUACGCCCUGCAGAUGUUUAUCGACUCGUCGCCUCUGCAGUCCAAGAGGGCUGCCCAGGUCGCCGCGCUGUCCGUCGUCUUGUCGCCCGGGCUGCUCAUCAUCGACCACAUCCAUUUCCAGUACAAUGGAUUCAUGUACGGAAUCCUCGUCGUGUCGCUGGUGCUGGCGCGGUGCAAGUCGACGCUGCUGCAGAGCGGCCUCGUCUUUGGGGCGCUCCUCUGCUUCAAGCACAUCUACCUCUAUCUGGCGCCGGCCUACUUUGUCUUUCUCUUGAGGGCGUACUGCCUGUCGGCGAGAUCCGUCUUCCAGAUCAAGUUUCUCCACUGCGUCAAGCUUGGCCUCGGGCUUGCGGGGAUAUUCGGGGCUGCUUUUGCACCCUUUGCCCUGAUGGAGCAGAUCCCCCAGCUCCUUGGCCGACUGUUUCCCUUUUCACGUGGGUUGUGCCAUGCUUACUGGGCGCCAAAUGUUUGGGCACUCUAUUCGUUGGCCGACCGCGUCUUGAUUCACUUCGCGCCAAAGCUGGGUCUUCCGCUCAAGACUGAGGCUCUGAACAGCGUCACUCGUGGCUUGGUUGGCGACACGGCCUUUGCGGUCCUGCCCGAGAUCACCCCUCGCAUGUGCUUUGCCUUGACGCUCUUUUUCCAAGUCCUUCCCCUGAUCAAGCUCUUCAAACGGCCCACGUGGGAAAACUUUAUAGGAGCAGUGACGCUGUGCGGAUAUGCCUCGUUCCUCUUUGGCUGGCACGUGCAUGAAAAGGCCAUUCUGCUGGUCAUCAUCCCCUUCAGUUUGAUCGCCCUCAGGGAUCGACGACACCUCAGCGCAUUUCGGCCGCUCAUCGUCGCGGGUCACGUGUCGCUGUUCCCGUUGAUCUUCACACCCGCCGAGUUCCCCAUCAAGACGAUCUACACCGUCUUCUGGCUAGUCUUGUUCCUGACGUCGCUGGACCGCAUGGCGCCGGCGUCCAACCAGCCCAGAGUCUUCCUUUUGGAUCGGUUCAGCACGCUUUACAUUGCGGUGAGCAUCCCGCUCAUUGCAUACACGUCCCUCUUCCACCAGGUUAUAUUUGGGAGCCGGCUUGAGUUUCUCCCCUUGAUGUUUACGAGCUCCUACACCGCGAUCGGCGUAGUUGGCAGCUGGGUCGGAUACAUGGUUGUGUACUAUACAUGCUAG